UACGUUGUACAUUUGGUGUGACGGGAAAAUGUAAGUAGUUAUCACGUUGUGUCUGAAUCUGUGGAGACACUCAGUGGUAUUCAGUGUCGUCCACAGAAUGCCCCGGCGCGCAAGAUUACACUUUGUAUCACUGAAAUCAUCACUGGUCAAUUUUCCAAUAUCAAUAUACGGACCCCUUCUCGAGAGACAGAUUCGUCCACAAACCCUUGCUGUCCACCUCAAGCCAACCGAUGUCGAAGGAAGAGAGGUCUAUGUUGGCUGGACCGGCAUGGCCUCUGCGUCCUCCCUUGCCUCAUUCAAUUCUACCGCAGGUGAACGUGGAAUAGAGACUCUGGAGAUAGACCCACAGUACACGGCAGGCUUGGGGUUCAAAGAAGGAGCGAAAUCCGAAGGCAUAGAAGCGGAUAGCAGGGCCGUGGUGACGCCUAAAAAGCACGAAAUCACCCAAGAGCAUCUACUGAAAGCAUAAAACAACACGGCCAUCUGUUUCGCGUGAGGAACAGGAUAUAUCGGGAAUUCGCGUCGGAUCGGGGUGGUGGCGAGAAGACGUUCCCAAUGUCAGGCGGUGAUAGUGGGGUGGGGAG